AUGGUCGCCCCAUUAGUACAACCUCACCCUACGCCCUCCGCAGACCUAGUCACCACAGAACAUAAAGAGCCUAGCUCUUCGCACUCCGCUGCAGAGCUGCUCAUGCAUCUUCUGCACCUCAUAUCCAGCAUCAUCGUCUUUGGCAUUGUCAUGCUUUCCAUGCAAAAGUACACGCAUACGGGGCUUAAAACGUUUUGGGCUAUGUUGGCCGCUGUCGACAUCGUCGUCUGCACCUUCACCCUCUACCGCACCUUCCUCAGAUCCUCGACGCCCGACCUCAGCAUCCCCAUGUUUAUCCUGUCAAGUUUGUGGUUCACAGCCCUCGUACUUUCUGCCGUCGAAUACGCGCAGAGUAUGUGUGGCGUGUUUGGGCAUGGGGUGUGGGAGAGCUGUCCGACGAAGAGGGCGCAUAUGGCGUUUGAGGCGAUUGCUUUCUUAUUGAGCUUUGGGACUAUGGUGAUGGAGUUUGGGAGGUGGAUGGUGCGGCGGAUUAGGAAUUGGAGGGGAAAGAAGGGGGAUGUGGAGGUUAUUGAUGGGAGUGAGAAGGGUGUGGGGAGUGCGGUGGUUACGCCAAGGACAUCGUUUACGGCUGUUUGA